AUGCCCGGCGUGGCACAACCGUCCAUCGCCUUGCCCGCAAUAGCCGAUGCCAGUCCUGCGCCGGAUAUGAAAUCAAGUAACAAACAUCCGCCUCACACUGUGUGGGCUGCUUCGAUGGCAGGCAUACUUGACAGCACUGAGCUAAUUACUGGACCGUCAUUCGAAAUCGAGCUUCCCGCGCUCGAUGCUCUUUUCCCACCUCACUACGGGCGCCGCCUCCUGAUCUUCCAGUGUACUUCCGAGGCGCAGCGCCAAGACCAACUCACAUCAUUGCGAGCCGGCCUCAAGAACCUGGUCCAGAAGUGUCCCUUCCUGGGCGGCACAAUCAUCCCUCAUCCACUUGACCCGGCUGUCCACGACGAGCUCGGCAAGUGCACCCUUGAGCCUGGCGACGGGUUGGAGCUCGUGGUCAAGGAUCUACGAUCGCACCUGCCGUCGUUCGAUGAACUCAAGGCUAAUAACUUCCAGCCGGCCAGUCUGCCAUAUGCAGCACUGGUCCCGGUUCCACACGAUCUGCGAUGUGACUAUCCUUACGUGGCGUGCAAGGCUCAGUACACGCUCCUCGAAGGCGGUACGGUCCUCACUUGGGCCAUCUCUCACAAUGUCACCGAUGGUUCCGCCAACAAUGAGAUGUUUCGCAUGCUCAGCGAGGACGUCAGAUUAUCACAACACAAAGGAGCCGCCAAUGGUAUCAUCGAAGUCCAAGACACCAGCGACCAGAAGCCACUCGCACUUGACAGAAGCGUGCUACGGAAUGUGACCAGCGACAAGCCAUUUAACAUCAAGGAGCAUCCCGGCUACGGACGAAUGCCGAAGCAAGCAGAUGCAGAAGUCAUCCACGCCCCGACCACGACACCCGUGUGCAUCCAAAUUCCGGCUUCCAAGCUUGAGACACUCAAGGCAGACGCCACUCCUUCCAAGAGAAAGCAGAUCUCAACCCAUGAUGCGCUUGCUGGACUGAUGUGGCGCUCGUCACUACUGCUUCGUAGCCAUCGUGCAGCACCUUCAUUUCACCUACCGCACUCUACGACCAGCACGCUCUUCUUCCCGUCCGACGGGCGUCGCCACAUUGGCCUACAACCAAACUACAUCGGCAAUGUAAUCUAUCAAAUGGCCGUUCGCUCCAACCUCGAAGCCCUGCUCUCCGCAUCUGGUCUCAAGCACGCUACCGGCGCAAUCCGCGACGCCAUCACAGCCGCGACCCCUGAGCUCGUCAAAAGCUACCUCGCAGAAGUCAACAAGCGCUGGAUCGACUGGGCUUACAUGACCGCUGACCUUGGCACUCUCGAUUGGGCCACCGGCACCAACUGGACUAGCGGCUGCAUCUAUGGGUACGACUGGGGCGAAGCAUUCGGUCCGUUGGUGCGAUUCAGAUACCCUGGUGAGCCUGGCCUCAACGGCAUCAUGCCCAAGUUGCCAGAUGGGUCUGCUGAGGUCAUCAUCAGUGUUGUGCCGGAUGAGGUGGAAGCGCUUCAGAGUGAUGACUUCUUUGGGAAGUACGUGUAA